AUGGAGGCGAAGGUGAAGAUACUCGGGAGGUUCGGUCGAGAUCUCUCGGCGGAUGAGCUCGAACAUUUCAUAUCCGUGAUUAAACAAGACAAGCUGCCCCGGCAAAAGCGAGUGCAGGCCUGCCAGGGCAUCAUCUUCCUCUUCGUCCGAGAGCCCAUGAUAGCAUCUCAUCUGAUCUCCAACUUCUUCCUCGAGCUCGUGACGCAGGCUGAGGAGAGUACUCGAGUUCUCUCUCUGGAUCUUCUCUUCAACUUGUCGCUGCGCUCCCAGGUGCUCGCUACGGAUCGAUAUGCUGUCACCCGCAUCCCGUCGGAGGAGCAUUCGUACAGCAUCCGCUACGACUACCUGGUCGACUCCAUCAACUGCUCCCUGCGUGAGAUUCUUCUCCGACUACCAGAUGGUCAACACCCUGUCGCAUCUCAGAGAGACGAGAGGUGCGAUGAGAAAGUCUGGCAAGCCGCUACCACUUGCAUGCUUGCUCUUGUCACCAUCGAAGGCCAUGUAGACGAGCAAGCAGUCUUGCUGGUAGACCUGCAGACUGCCUUUGACAUCCUCAAGGCUAAAGGCAAGAAGCCGAGGGAGCCGCUUAGGCAUGCAGCUCCUGGCCUUCGCUUUACAGCAGAAGACGUCGACUGGACGCAUUCACGGAUCAACGCUGGCACAUGCGAGUCUCCCAGCAAGCUGUCAUCCGACGAGCUGGAGAUGUUGAUCUCAGCCCUAUGGACUUACAGAGGCAAGGUAGCUGAGGUCUGGGUGGAGCGAGUAGCCCCCAAGCUUCUUCCUCCUUCCCUAGACACACCCGAUCGCCAACGGGCUGAGCGUGCGAUGCGGGAGAUGCUGGAGGACUGCCAGGCAUUGAAGGAGGAUGAGCGUCCGCCCGAUAGUCUGAUGCAGCAGACGCACGACGACACAGGGGACGAGACUGCUGCUGCCAUGCAGGCCCUGGCACUUCACGUCAUCUCUGACGACGAGUCGAGCGUCGACAUUGCUAUCGCCUGGCUGUUUCAUCUUAACGCACGAAGCUCGUCAGCUCGCAGUCCUCGACAGCUCCGCAUGGCAGCAGGCGCAAGCUCGUCAGCUGCAUGUCGAUGGAUGGCUGCCAAGGAUGAGAAGCUGACGGAGAAGCCGAACCUGGAUGUCCUCUCCAUGUCUCCUCUCGCCGUCAUGCACUACUUGCUGGAUACCAUCCCCUCGGAUGAAGCUGAGCUCCGACGAGCUCUGCUGCUGCUGCUGCUGGAGGCGUUUGACGGAGACCCUGAAGAGUUCGAAGAGGAAGUCUCGCCUCUUCCCAUGUUCCUCCAUGCCCUCCAGGGCGACGCAGACGAGUGGGUGAUAGAGCUCGUGACAAGGAGGAUGGAGCUAUGA